CUAGAAGACGCUACAUUUGAAAUCCUAAUACUACCGAUAUUUCAAUACCCCUUUUCACAUUCUACCAAACGUACGACGAGCAAGCAAUCAACAUGUCGCAAAGAGCCUGCCAAUUCUAUCCAAAGUACGCUGGCUACAGGUGCAAAUCUGGCGUAAUUGCUCCACCCGAAGGCGGAAUCCAAUGGAGCUGCGACUCCUGUGUGAACGAUCCCGAAAUGCCGCUCCAUUGUCGCAAAAUCUGCCCCGGACGCUCAGAAUACGUGAAGGGGCCCGGGAUUGAUCAUGUCAACGCUAUAACGAAUGCCGGCAAGCACGACCAAUCCACCCGCCCGUACUCCUGUUUCUUCGCAGACAAAGACCCUGAAAUACAGGAAUUUCUCAACGAACAUGUAAAUAACAUACCCUGGAAAAACAAUCGCCACGACGAUCUUUGGGUGUACGAUGGAAAGCGUUCGAAUGGAAGUGUGACGUACCGGUACCAAAUCUGCAAGAGCUGCAAGAGCCGGGUAAAUCUAGGACCAAGGGAAGAGAUACGCCCAGAUCUGCGAGACAGCUUCAUGAAGAAAAAACACGGACAGACUUGGCGAUGGCCAGCCAACCAGCCUGAGGAGGACUAGGCGAACACGACCUGAAUGCUGCCCCCUUUACCCUUCCCUUUCUUAUUUUUGCUCAUAGAUUUCCUUGCCCUUCCUCCCGGAACGGUCCUUUGUUUUAUACCCCAUUGUUUCAUUUGCCCCAUGUGUUCACGACUCUCUUCUUCCCUAACCUGUUAUGGCCCUGUUUUAUACCCCAUCGGCUACCCAGCCGGUCCUCUCCGUCAUUACCGAGUCCCUGUAUCCACCACUCUUGUAUCCUGUUUUAUUUUUUUGGUCGACGUCGGCCUUGCCUCGGUCUGGCCGAUGUACCCGUAUCGAUGAAUAGAAUAUACACCUGCAGGAAUCAACUUUCCCGCCAUGGCUAUACA